AUUGUUUUCCGUGGUACUGUGCAAGCACGCGCGAUCGCGCAACAAGCAUAGCCGUGCGGCGAUGAGAGCAACAGUGGAAGGGGGAGGACUGCCGCACAGUCGUCCCUCUAUGCCUAUACCUACUCUGGCUGGCUCUUGAUGUUUACCGUUCGACGUACACGAGAUAGUUUAAAUAGCCAACGAUCGAAGAGGCAAUUAAAAUAUUUCACUGUAAAGCUGGUUGUAAAUAGCUACCACUGCUUCUCUUGGAUGUCCGAAGGUUGAUUGCGUUUCAAUUGGUUGCGAGUGCAAAGUGUGUAUUGUGAUAUCAUAGUGUAAACGAACUUGGUGUUUGUUUUAAAUGUCAAUCAAAUCCGUCGUUGAUCGACUUCUUUCUUUACUACGAGCAAGAUAGUAUUCAAAUUACGAUGAGAGAAGCAGGCGAUGGCAGCUGCCUACAAAUGCACAUUCGAUGUGGAAUUCGCUACCUGUGGACUAUUUCUAAUUUCAAGAAGCUCUAUUCCGAACAGUAUCUCGAGUCCAGUUCCCUGUACCUUCAAAGAGGAAAACAGCGAAAUCCAUUCAACCUGAAGAUUGUGAAAGUCAAGCCUGUGCACAAUGACGAAGACAAUGGAGAGAUCUUCUUUUUGAAUUUAAACUUCCAGAAGAAGCUCCUCGAAGAAUCCCAGUAUCACAUCCGCUACUGCCUAUGCGACAGUUACGGUAAAGCCGUCACUCAGCCCGCGAUUGUCGAGAUGCAGGUCGUCUACGACAAAAUUGGACCUUUUUACCUGAACUUCAUUGCUGCCAAAGACCUCAAGGAAAAGAUCCAGAUACACGAAACUUUGAUCAUCGACGUACUCAUGUUGGACGUGACAUUUCCAAGUCUGUAUAACGUAUCUACGGAUACAUUGCUAGGAAGUGUCGAUCGAGUCAAAGUAAUCGGUGACCAGAAAAAAAUGUUGAUCGACAAAAACUUUCAAAAAUUAUACAACCAAGUCUCGACCAGUGAUAUGGUCCUAAUGGUCAAGGAUCGAAAGUUUUUGGUGCAUACGAUAGUCCUUACAGCAAAAAGCCCUACGCUUUCAUCGCUUUUGUUACCAAUGCUGCAAGGAAAUGAGACCAACGUGUGGUUGACAAUCGAGGACUUCGAUCCUGCUAUCGUCUCCGCGAUGUUGAAAUACAUGUACUUUGGGGAUGUGACGAUCACCGAUGAAGUGAUCUUUGACUUGUACCGAAUCGCCAAAACGUAUCAAUUGUCUGAUCUCGCGAAUACGUGUCUGGUUCGUAUUAUGAAAUCGACGAAUGUGGAUAACGCUAUGACUGUGUACUGUUUCGCCGUAAAAAAUAAAAUUGAUUUGCUAGACAAGUGUACGAGGGAGUUUGUUCGACAGAACAUCGAUCAGGUGAUGGAUAGUGGCUCUUUCGAGAGGAUCAUUAACUCUUAUGACUUUCAAGCGCAUGGUAUUUAGUGGAAAUCGUGUAAAACGUAUGAAAGAUCUUUGAAUUUUGUUUAAGAAUGUUGUUAUAUAUUCUGUUAUGUAAGAAUCGUAAUCGUUGUAUAUUACAACAUACUUUGGUUUAUAUUAGAACCAAUAUCUAAUCAUAAAUAUUAAGUUACAGAAAACUAUCACAAUCGUAAUAUGUGAAGUAAUUACUAUAUUUUCCAUACAGACUAUAAUUAUUAUCGUAAAUAUAAUUAUAACUUGACAAGA